CAGUGCGAGCUAACUUAACGCCUUCCUUUUUUACGUUUCCUGCGGCACACACACACACUCUCAAACAACACACAGUCUUUUAUUUUACCUUUUCUCUCGUAAAAUUAGAGAAUGCUGACGCUACUUCUCGGCUACGUUUUGCUUGGCAUUCUAUUUUAUGUCGAACACCGGUACGAAUCGUCGAGAACUACAACCGCCAUUCAAGAAUCCGGAGAUGAUCAGGGCACGUCUCGAUUGUUACUCAUAGUAUGGAUAUUAUGCGGGUUUGUCAGUCCACUGGUAUGGCUCUCCGUGAAUGUGGGUGCAGCACCCGACUGGAUUGGUUGGAUCGGGUUAGGAUGGAUCUUGGGUGGUAUUAUCUUAUUACGCUGGUCGAUAUUUGCCAAUCAUUUCUAUUUGCGUGCCAUGGCGACCAUGGAUGACCAGUAUAUCUGUACCGAGGGACCUUACAAGGUCAUUCGUCACCCCGGUUAUGCCGCGUUUAUUGUGGGAUGGCUAGGAUUUGGUUUGGCUACCGUCAACUGGAUGGCAUUUUUGACGACGGUCGUUUUGGUCGGUUAUGCGUAUGUAAAACGGAUCCUGGCCGAGGAACAGAUGAUGCUGGAGAAGUUCAGUGUUGAUUACCAACAGUAUAUCAAUGAAUCGUCGCGAGUGAUCCCCUUUGUAUUUUAAAGCUUUUGUUAUGUAAUGACAUAUUCUGUUAUCAUUAUUACUAUCACUAUUUUGUAUUGAUUAAUGGUACUAUUAAAUACCCGGUCCUCAUAUUCUUGUAUUCCAUGCUCAUGUAAGUGUGGUGUAAGUAUUUGUAAAGGAAAACGUAACAUAUAAGAAGAGGAUGCCAUAAAAUAUACGUAAGUAGGGAAGGAGAG